UUCGGGGUCAUUAAUGCGCAUGUGCAAACUCCCGCGCAUGCGUGUUUGUGUGGAAGUAAACUUUCACAACGUCAAUUAUUUUCGUCACACCGGAUGUUAAACCAUAAACACGGUGUAACAGGAGCGUUUUGUGUCGAAUUAUUUCGUUUAUAGACUACAGAUCAACACCAUGUCUGGGGAUUUGGAUCUGUCGCCACCGGAGGUUCCUGAGCCCACGUUUUUUGAGAGUGUUUUACGUUAUGGUCUCUUUCUUGGCGCAAUUUUCCAGCUGGUCUGCAUUUUAGCCAUAAUUAUACCCACCUCCAAGAGCCACGAACAGGAAGAGACUUCAGAGCCUUCUGAACACAAAACCUCUGAGCCGAGCAGAAAACCCAAAGCACCCGCACAGCAAAUCCGUCAAAAACUAAAAAAGGAGAGCAAGAAGAAAAGAUGAGACUGAAUAAGUGUGUGAGCAAAAUUAAAAGUCUGGUACUGUUAUGACACAACAACAAGUAAAAGCACUCUAAAGUUAGAAUCUUUCAUCAUGGACCAUCGGAAUUAAAGACUAAAGUCAUCCUGCAGCUGCUUACAGUUUAUUUACUGCAGUAGAGCUACAACUCGGAUCAAUAUACACUUCAGUCAUUCAUUAGGUUACCAUCAUAAAGCUGGUGGUUAAAACGUUCAUUUAUAUUGGAAGAUUUCAAACAUUUCAAACUUUUUUGUAAGUCUGUAUAAUAAACUGGACUCUUGGACCACA